GAAGACUUGGUUACUCCGGAAAGGUCAAUUGUCAUGAACAAACUUGCCAAGGUAACGAUGCCUACAUUUGUGCCCCGUGUCACUACUUCCAGGGAAUCUUACUUGCCGCCUAGUGGUGCUUCUGAGCUGCCGAAUGGCAACACUGGCAAUUGA